GCUCACAGAAUCGAAUACCGGCCGGGUAAAGUCCUCAGAUUUCUAGCAGCUCCCUUCUUCGCGUCUCGCCUGUGCCGACGCGUCACCCCCCGAAGCUUCGAAGAGCAGCCAGCGAUCACGACGACCGACCGACCUCCGGCCAGCAGAAUGUUUUCAACACUGCAUAUCCGCAGUCCCUCCUCGACGACGACCGAAUUCACCGUCACUACACGACCGCCGCCCAGUCUCCGCCGCACAAUCACCACGGUGCUAACCAACCUCCUGCGAGUCCUGGCGCUCAUCACCAUCGCCAUACUACUGCUAUCGCAACACUCGCUGCUUCCGGCGGAGCUCCGCUUCCUGCAGCGGCCACCUAUCGAUCCAAAGUUCCUAUACCCGGUCUCGCUCGUAUGUCUGUGGAUCAUCUCGCUGCGCGGCUACACCGAGGAGAGUCUACUAGUGAUCCGCUCGCUGGGGCUGCAGACGAGCACGACGGCCGGCACGUGUUGGGGCAUGGGCCGGCGGACGAGAUUUAUUCCGACCGAAAAGGUGCGCGAUGUCGUCGUCAACGAGGGUUUUGUGGGCAUGGAGGUGCGGUUCUAUGUCGCCGUCAUCGUGGAGGGGGAUGGUGGAUUGGUCGUGGUGUUUCCAACAUUGCUGCCGAAUCGGAGAGUGUGCGAACAGGUAUGGAGAGGCGCUCGCCGGUGCCUUUACCAGCCUGAUGCGAAGAAAGCCAGUGGUCCCGGAGACGAUAAGGUGUAGAUCAGGAUUGCGAUAGAGGAAGGGGCCUACUUAGUCAGAUCGGGGCUGAAUGGGAUGCGUCCGGACUCCGAAUGGAGGUGAAGCCGGAAUGCCUAGGUAGCUGUCUACAUGGAGCAACAGAUGGACCGACAGAGUAGAGGACGAAGGCAGCCCACAUGCCCGUCGGAUGCCCGAGUUUCCGGUCCCGAGUUGACUGUGCCCUCGGCCAAAGGAAUUUCGAGCUUGCCGGAUGGGCGGGCAUUUGCGGGUGGUGCCAAGAGCCACGGACCGACAAUUUGGCCGUGGUUUCAGCUCGGAGGUUGUCAGUGUGGUUCCCGCUCGUAAAUGGUUACUCGUACCAGUACUCUAUCCGUACUCUACAUAUCGUACAUACGUAAUCCGUACUCUA